AUGCCUGGUACAACCACCAUCAUGGCUGGCGGCUGGACGGACGCGAGACCAUCCACCCCACCAGAAGGUGUCAUUCGAGUCGAAACCAGCUUCACCGUCGAAGAAGUCUUCAUCGAACCCGAGCCUGCGAACAAUCAGUCGACCAACACCAUCUUCGGCGACUCGAGCAGCUACUACCAAGCCACUGUCUGGUCCGCUGCGUCGCGAUUCGCUCGAAACCUCUUUGAGCCUGAAGUGAACAAUGGACGAGGUGGAAACAUUAACAUCGACAACACCACCACUGGCAAAUGGGUUGCAACUGCCUUGCUGUUGGCCUUUGUCAAUCUCCUGACCAUGGUCACCGAGAGCAUGAUGCCCGUCAUGAUCCCAACCAUCAUCUACGACCUCAACGUCCAAGGAUUUCAGUGGCUCAUCGCUGGUCCAGCCAUCGGAGCCGCAGCCACCGCGCUCAUCGCAGGUCACCUCUAUGUCAUUGUCCCUUUCAAGCAAAUCUACAUGGUCUUCGCCGUCAUUGUCUUGAUCGCCACCAUCUCACCUGGCUUUACCCCGAACAUGGCUUUCCUCUUCUACACUCGAAUUCUCCUCGGCGUGGGUCUGGCAGGUCAACACUUGGGCACGCUGGUGUUUUUGGAGCACAAGAGCAGUUUCGCCGACAAAGUGCGCCGCGACUUCUUCCUCACCGUCAGUUCCACGCUCGGUCUGAUCGUCGGUCCCAUCUUCGGCUCCAUCUUUGCCCAUCGAGACAAGAACUGGUCUUGGGCUUUCUACACCGCAUUCAUCCUUCUCGCCCUGGUCUUGGUGUUCCUCUUCAACCUGCUUCCGAAAGAGGUGGAGAUUGCUGCCAAUGCGCCCUGGGCUUGCGGACCGGUCUUCAACUGGAGUCAUCGCCUCAACUGCAUCGACACCCUGGGUGGUCUGCUCAGCUUCUUCGGCAUCAUCACACUGUUGAUCACAUUCAAUUUCGCUGGCACCUUAACUCCCUGGACUGAUGGAUACCUGUACAUUUCCCUGGCCAUCGGCGUCGUCUUGAUUGUCCUGCUCAUCCUUCAGCAAGCCUACAAGAUUCUCAACUCGCCGUCCACCCGCCUGUUCCCCGUCGAGUACGUGCCACAUUUCAAAACCAUGGCCCUGUUUGUCCUUGUGUUCCUCACCGCCGGCAUCUUCCAGACCGUGCUCUCUUACACUGCGCUGUAUCAGCUGUUCACCCGUCCUCAGCCCUCGGCAGUCACGACGGCGUUCUACCUCUUCUUCACCAUCACGGGUCCAUACUUGAUCCCGGUGCUGCUGAUCCCGGUCUACCUCGGCGGCGGCCUGAUGAUGCGCUACCCAAUGGUCCCAAGCUACAGCUUCUGGAGCACAGUCUCUUCGGCCUUCCUUCUCGUCGGCACCGCCCUGCUCUUCAUCAACAUGCCAUCCGUGUUGCCCGGCUCCGACGGCCUGCCGACCAUCGGCAGAGAGUUUGCGCUUGCUUGCAUCGGCUGCUGGUCCACCAUCACCUUGUCAAUGGCUCAUCAACUCAUGGACUUGCUGCAGUCGCCGGUCACAAGGGGCAGCCAGGACGCCCGCCAGAAACACCCGCUGCACAACCGUGCAUUCGUCCUGUUCGCCAGUUACCUCGGCGCGGCUGUCUCCCUGACCAUCGUGGGGAGUAUCUUCAUGCACGUCGGUCCCCGCGCGGAGCUCGCCUUGCUGUCCCAAGCCAACGACGCCGGCUACCCGGCGUCCGUCGACAACGCUUUGGUGCUGCUCCUCGGCUACACUUUCAUCGACGGCAAGGACACGCCGGCGCUCUUCGGGGCCUCGAUCGCCGCCCUGGAGAACGCGUUCGGCUGGUCGUUUGUCCCUGUCGUCGCCUUUGCCGUCGCCGCCUGCGCUGUCUCGGCCGCUCUCUUGGUCGCAAAGGCGGCCAACCGCGAGCUGCCCUGCGGCAUGAGGGCCCGCCGCGCCCAGAUCCCCGAGGACUGGCGCGCUGGCGUGGGUGCUCGUGGCCGAGACAUCGAGCUGGAGGACCGCGUCAGCGGCACCACGCUCUGA